GAUUUUACCAAAUAUAAUUUUGAAUUACAAAACAAUGAUCCAACAGCGUUCUCAUAUCGUAGUUAGUAUUUAUUCAGUAACAUUCGUUUGUAAUACUGUGUGGACAUGGCAACUCAAAGAGAUCCAGAUGAUGAUCUAGCAUCUUUAUCUUAUAUUAAAAGAAAUAUUAUUGCAACAUGCAAUAUUUGUAAGAAAAAGUUUUACGGUCCUUGUCGGAAGGAAUUAAUGAAGACGCACAUUAGUAAUCAUAGAAUUGGUGAUAAAAUUACAUUCUUGAAUUAUCGAGAAAUUUUUUUACGUCGUUAUUUCACACAAGAAGCAUUUGUUGAAAAAUGCAAAAUUUGUAAUGCAAGAAUUAAUUUAGCACGUCCUAGGUUAGCUAAAGAGCUUCAUCUACGUAGACAUCAAAAUAUAAUAUCAAAGAUACGAGAAGAAAUUAAACAAAGCUGGGUAUCACAACAUUUCAUGUUCGACAAGGAUUUAGCAGAUUAUAAGACAAAAUGUAUUAAUUGCGGUUGUGUUUUUGUCAUAUUUCUCGGAACGGAUGGCUUAGAAGAACAUUUGCCUGAAGAAAUCGCAAGUAUAAGUUAUCAACAAGCUAAUACAGAUUCGCAAAUUCCAAAAAACAAAAGAGAACAUGAUGAUUCAACUGACGACGAAUGAGUGAUGACUGAUGAUUAACAUAAAUUUAAUUAUGGAUUCUGUACGUACUAUUUACGUAUUACAAUGGACCGCUUGACUCUCUUGAUUCUGAUAUAAUACAAGCAGGAAUAUGCCAAUUUUUGAAAAGAAAAUAUUUUUGUAACAUAAAACGAUUUUACAAUUUUUAAACAUCAACUUUUUUACAAACACAAACAUUAUGAAAAGUUUCUUCUAUAAUAUGAUAUAGUCAAUAUUAAUGAAUAUUUAAAUUAUUAUGUUAUUAAACG